GAGGGGGGCCGGAGAAAAGGGGAGGAGGGGAAAAGGCGCAGGCAGGGACAGGGAGCCGCAGGACAGGAGGAAAGGGGGAAGGGGACGAGGGGGCCGAGGGAGAGGGGCAAGGCAACACGGCAGCCGGACAAACAAGGGACACGCCACAAGACAGGCCAAAACCGAAAGCGGAAGGGGCGCGGGAAGAGAGAACAAGAAAGAACGGGGACAAGAGGGCCAAGGAGAGGGGGGAAAGCGAGCGAGGACACGAGAGGGCCAAAAGGGCGAAAAGGGCAAGCCGCGAAGGAAGGGGGGGAAACGCGCAGGCAAAGGGGGAAGGAGACGAGCAAGAAAAGGAGAAGAAGCGCACCAGAGCAGGAAAGAAAGGCGAGGAGGGCAAAAGGCGAAACGGCGAGAAGAGGACCGACAGGGAAACAAGAGGGGCCAAAAGCGGAGGAGAGAGGAAGGAGCGGGGAAAAGAGAGGAAGCAAAAGAAAGCGCACGCAAAAGGCGACGGGGGCGACCAGCGACAGGGGACAGGAAGGGCACGGCCAGGAGAGAGCAGAGGGAGCGAAAAACCCGAGCAACCGAGAAGCGCGGGAGGGAGCGAAAAGCGGAGGAAGGGGAGAGGAAAGCAAGAGAGAGAGGAAGAGCAGGAAGAAAAGAACAACGCACGGAGAGCCGAGCAACCAGCAACCGCAAGGGCAGGACAAAAGGGGGAAGGAGGGCCGAAGGAGCAAGGGGCGCGCGGGGGCAAGAAAGGAGGAAAGGCAGGAAGAGAAGCAACGACAAGAAAAAGCCACAAGGAAAGCGGGAAGCAACAAAGAAGGCGAAGAAAGAAAGGGGGAGGAAGAGGCAAAGGGGGGACAACGGGAGAAAGCCGGGACACGGGGCAGCAAGGGGGCCACACCCAAGGGAAGGAAAAGGCAAGACACAAAGGGCGAACGCGCAACAGGAAGAAGGCAAGCCAAAGAGAAAAGGGCACAAAGGAGAGAAGAAAAGCACGGAGGAGGGACCCACGGGAAAGAAGGGAGGCAGAAGAAGCGGCAAGGAGGAAAGGGACACCGCAAAGGAGGACAAGGCAAGGGGGGCAGGAGCAGCGCCAACAACGCACCCGACGAGGACAGGGGGCGGAGGGCAAAGGGAAAGGAAGAAAAGGAGGGAACAGCGAACGCGGAGGAGGCGGGAAGGCGGCAGGGGCGAGAGAGGCCGGCGGGCACGGAAGGAAGAAGGGCAAACCGGAAGGGACACGCACGCGCAACGCAAAGAGCGCAAGGGCGGGGGAGGCGGGAAAAAGAGCAAAGGAAAGGAAAAAGGGCAAAAGGCGCGACGGGAAGGGAAAGACGGGAAAGAGAAAAGGAGGGGCGGCAAGAAGAGGGGAAAGCAAGGGAAGGGAGAGAACACAACCGGAGAGAGGGGAGAGCAACAGGGACACAGGCAGCCAAAAGAAGGGACAAAAGGGGAAAGAGGCAAAAACCCGCAAGGGAGAAAACCGGACGGGGGAGGAGCCAGCGGGGGCGCAAGCCGCCAAAAGGGCCAAGGCGACGACGACGGGAAAGAAGAAAGGCCAAGGAGGAAAAGGGGGAAAAGGGCAAGAAAGCACAGGGAGACAAGGAAGGGGGACCAAACGAAGGGCAAAAGGAAGGCGGGGAGGCCGAAGCCGCAAAGAAACAAGAGGGCGCCGAAACAGGAGACAAAAAGGCAAAAGGGGGGGCCGAAAGGGAAACAGACCAAGGAGGCAAUGGGCCACAAAGGCCGCAGAGGGAAAAGGGGAAGAAAGCAGAGGAAGGGGGCAGGGAGAGGGGAGCCCGCGAAACAAGAGGGGGGGGAGGAGAGGAAACCAGGGACGAAGGCCAGAGGGAAGGCCGAGCAGAGGCGCAAACAAGCGACGGCCCAAGGGCCAAAAAAGCGAGGCAAGGGGCAAAAACCGGCACCAAAAAGGGGGGCAAAAAGGAGAGGAGGAGAGAAGGGGGGAAGGGGGACCAAGCACCGAAACGGAGAGCCAGGGAGGACAAGGGGGAGGGGGGGACCAAAAAGGACGAACACCCAAGGACCCAAAGCAAGGGGGGGACCGAAAAAGGGGGAAGGGAGGGGCAGGAAGGGGGGACGGCGAGAGGGGAGGGGCGAGACACAGGACGGGAAAGAAAGCGAGGCGGGGGAAGCGGAAAAAGAGCGAAGGACCAAAAGGCGGAGGCGGGGGGAAAGGAACGAGACGCAGAACAAAAGGAAGGGGGACAAGGGCGAAAGGGGGGAAAAGCGAAGAGGGAGCCGGGGGGAAGGGCGAAAAGGCAACGGGGGAAGGACAAGGGGCGACAAGAAAGAGCAAAGAGGGGAGGCGGGCCAAAGAGGAAAGCAAGCAAGGCAGCGGGCAAAGCCAAAGCGCAAGAAGCGACAACAAGACCGCGAAGGCGACGACACAGGGAGCGAGGCGGGCCAGGAGACCCAGGAAGGCGAAGGGGGAAGAAAGAGACACGAGGGGGGGGGAGGAGGGGCCAGGGACACAGGGACGAGAGGGCGCAAAAGAAAAAGGAAGGGGAGCAAAAGGGGCCAGAACGACGCAAGCGACGACAAAACGAGAAAGACGGGAAAAGGGCAAAAAGCCGAACGGAGCGGGGAACGGAGGGCGGGAAGCAAGGAAGGAAGCCGACGGCAAGGCGCAAGGAAGGCGACAGCAAGGAGCGGCCGCACGGACACCGCAACAAAAGGGGGAGCCGAAAGAAGAAAGAGAACGCGAAAAGAAGCCGCACGAGGGAGGAGGACGGCAGCCGAGCGACCGAAAAGAGAGGGGGCGGAAGCAAGCAACACCGCGGGCGAGACGCAAAAGCGAAGCGGGAGACACAAGGGGAGAAAACCGAAACGCAACGAGGGCCAGACGGGGGGCAGCAAAGGGGGAGGCGGAAGAAGGGGAAAACAGAGCGAAAGACGGGGGAGGAGCGGGCAGAGGAAGGAAGAGGGGGGAGAGGCAGCGACCAGCAAAGCAGGCAGAGGAGGGAACAAGAAAGCAAGGGGGGGAGAGAAGCAAGGCAGGGGGACAGGGGAGGAAGCGCAGAGAAGGAAAACCCAGAGCAACAAAAAGGAGCAGGAAAGGGGCAAGGGGAAAAAGCAGGGAAGGAGACGGACAGAGCGGGGGAAAGAGCAAAGGGGACAGGGGAGGGAGCAAGGGGACAGGGAGGGCAAGAGGGAAGGACACGGGGAAGGCAAGGAAGAGCCCCACGGGGAAAAGCAAAAGGCGCAAGGGGAAAAACAAGGGGGAGAGCAAGCGGAGGAGCAAAAGGGGCGACCGCCAACGGACCGACGGAGCAAGGAAACGGGGAAAACCCAGGCAACCGACAACCGGACGGGAGAGGGCGCAAAAAGCACCCGCCAGAGCGAGGGAGGGGAGAGCCACGAGAAGGAGGAAAAACAAGGGCCGCAAAGAGAGACGGGAGGGGCGGGGGGCGGGCGCAGGGGGAGCCCACAAGCAGGGAAGAAGCGCGAAGGGAGCCAGAGGGGAGGAAGGCAAGGCAAGAAGAGCGGGAGCAAGGGAAAAGAAGGACGGAGGGGAAGGAGGGCCAAGACCCGAAAAGGACAAGGGAAGGGGAACAAAAGGGGGCGGGCGGAAGAAAGCAAAGGAGGAGGGAAGGGGGCGAAAAGCAGGGGGGGCAAAAGGAGAGGCACAAGAAGAAGGCAGAGACGGCGAGGAAACGGGGCACCCGGGGGGCAAGACGAGAAGCCAGCAGAAGAGGGCGAGCGGAGGCCGCGGACAAGAAGGGCACGGGCGAGCAAAGGGACGGGAAAAGGGCAGGGGAAACGGCGGACGGGAAGAGGAAGGCGACGGGAGCAACCGCCCGGGCGAGGGAAAAGGGGAGAGGAAGAAGGGCGACAGAGGAAGAAGGCGGGAGAGGGGGAAAACAAGCACGAGAGCGGGGGAGGACACCCGAGCAACGGGCCGAAGGAACGGGGGGGGCACAAAAGGCCGGGGGGAGAAAACCGGAGGAGAAGGCAAGAAAAGGAGCACAGGGGGGGGGACAAAGGAGGGGGGAGGAGAGGAGGGGGAAGGACGAAGAAAACGGGAGGGAGAAGGGGCCAAGCGAAGGCAGAAGAAGGGGAGAGGAGCAGGAGGGAGAGGGGAACGACGGGCGGGGGACAAGGAAAGCAACGCAACGAAGGAAGAGGCAGCAAGCAGGCCCAAGACACAAAAGAGCGGAGAAGAAAGGCGGGCAAGAGGGAAAAGCCGCAAGCAAGAGCCGAGGAGCACAGCGGGAAGAGGGGAGAAGAGAGGAAGGCAAGGACGGGGACGAAACAAAAGAGCGAGGAAGGAGGGGAGCAGGACGAGACCGCACG